AUGAAGAUACUGAUUUUAAUCUUAGUAUUAGCGGCAGCUGCGUCAGCAGACCUUCGUGCCUAUGGUCUUCCCACCCCAAUUGGGUCAUCCGUUGACGUUGGCGGCUGUAGUGGUGGACAGGUACGCCAUGCCGAUGGUAGAUGCGUCACUCCACGAGAAAAUCGACAUGUGUUUCUGUACGAAGUCCCUCCUAACACGGUUUUCUCUACCGCUCCAACAAACAUCCCUGAGCCAACAGUGGACACAAAUAUCCUACUCAUUCGAACUCCACACGGAUUCCUCGGACCAGAUCCCGUUGUCGUACCUCCUCCGAAACAGCAGCAUGUUGUGUAUGUCCUCAACAAACAAUCAGAACACGGCCAAAGGGUAAUCGAGGUCACGGCCCCGCCGCCAGCCAACCCCGAGGUGUAUUUCGUGAACUAUGCUGAAGGAGAGAACCCAACCCUACCCAGCGGAGUAGAUCUUCAGAGUGCAUUGGGCACAGCUUCUCAGGGAGAUGGCAAAAUAAUCGGUGACAGCAGCAGUAGUGGUGCUAUCAGAGGUGGGGUUGGAAGUAGCGAUACUGUUGCCACAAGUGUGAACGGAGGUGGAGACUUCGGAGGCACCACCAGUUUAGGAGGAAGUGGUGCUUUUGGAGGAACUGGUGCUUUCGGGACGAGCAGCGGAAUUAGUGGAGGAAACUCAGGUUAUGGAAGCAUCGGUGGAGCAUACACUCCUCCGUUCCCGCCCACGAACCUGUACACUGCACCAUAAAAUCUGUUUACGAAUUACGCCCACGCUUUCAGCAUGAAAGUUCAAUGCCAGAGUUGGUGCUUUUGUUACGGUUUAAAUUUUAUAUCGGUUAUCCGGCCGUUUCUGACAGAUAUAUAACCGUACUCCAGAAUGUUAUUUUGUUGCUUUUAAGAAAUUUUACAAUCUUUAUGUGUAGAUUAGAUAUUGUUAAACAUUCAGUUACAAGAAAGGAACUUCGACUUGUUACAAGUAGGUUGUAAAAUAACUAAAUUUAUUUUUAUUAUUUUUAUGCACAAACUUCAAAUAAAACAGUGACACUA